ACUGCGCAACUCGAGCUGCCGAAAAUAGGUCGUGGAAGUCGCGCUACAUAAAUCAAAAGAUUUUAUCAAUAAACAUACCAAUUGACUAAAAUAUAUAAUAAUGAAGUCCAAUUUUUAAUAAAUCGGAAAUAUUAACACUAUAAAUCGUAUAAAUAUCGAAUAUUUUCAUGAACGACAUAGCCGUUCCGAAUUACGAUAAUGUUUUGACAGAGGCAGACGAUGACGAAAUAUCGUAAACAAGGAUUUAAGUCGGCAGGGAAUGCAGCCAGGUAUUCUAAAGUGACAUCUGCACAGAAUCUGCGCUGGGCCAGACUGAAAAGACCCCCUGAUCACGAUUAUUUCUGCAGUGAUCUCGGUCCAGAUAUAUCACAUGUAGAAAGAGAGGAAGAAGUUGAGUCUGCUGAUACCAAGGAAUGCAAAGACUGGAGACUAGGGAGACGGAUAAUUGAGCUAGAUGUGCUAGCUAAAGGACUGAGUGCCUGUGGGAAGUGUGGCUUGCCCCUCAAUUUAGACCACACUAAGGAAAUCCAGACUUAUGGUCUGGGGUCACUUUUAAAAGUACAGUGUUUCAAUACCAAUUGCAUGAACGUCAACCAUAUUCCAACUGGAAAGAGACAUGACCGAAUAUGGGAUGUGAACACAAAACUAGCUGCAGGUUUAGUUCACUCAGGAAUUGCAGUUAGGCAGUUGAAUAGCUUACUUGCAGAGCUAAACAUUCCAACAGUCCACUACAAGACUAUAAAUGCUAGAUUAAAAGAGACAGGGAAGAUGGUGGAAAAGAUAGCAAUAGAUUCUACAGAUGAGGCCCUACAGAAUGAAAUAAAAGCAGUAGAACAGACAAAUGGAAAAUUUGUAGUUGCUGUUGAUGCAGGCUGGCAGAAAAGAGGGAGUGGAAGAUCGUAUAACAGCCUCUCAGGACACUGCUCUAUGGUAGGCACACAGACAGGACAGAUUAUCCACUACGCUGUGCGGUCCAAAGAUUGUAGAGUCUGUUCAACAGCAGCUUCUAGAAAUGAGCCGCCUAAACCGCAUGACUGCUAUCAAAACUGGGAAGGCAGUGCUAAAGCAAUGGAGGCUGACAUGGUCACCCAGAUGGUCAAAGAUGUUGGGGAGAAGGGUUUUAAAGUUGAGGCAAUAGUUGGUGAUGAAGAUUCUACCACUAUAGGACGGCUACGUGCCAAUGUUAAUGAGAAGAUUGAGAAGAUAUCCGACAAGAAUCACAUACGUAAGCUGCUGGGAAACUCUCUGUAUGCACUUAAAAAACAACACCCAAUGCUAACAGUGAAAGUCAUCAAAUAUCUCCAGAGAUGUUUUGACUACAUCAUUGCUCAAGGAAAGGAGAAUCCUUCACAGAUUUCAUCUGACCUUAAUGCACUUUCAAAGCAUCCAUUCGGGGACCAUAGUUCUUGUUCAUCUCGAUGGUGCAGAUUUAUUGGAAACCCAAACUGCCUUUACAAAUCAUUCCCUCAUGGAAAACCACUUGCCAACCAAUGUCUGCAGUCAUCUCUGGAGAAAGUUUUUAGCACUUAUGCUGGUCAUAGUAAUAAGCUCUCAUCUCUCGGAAGCACACAAGGAAACGAAAGUUUCAAUCACAUGGUAGCAGCCAAGGCUCCAAAGAACAUUCAUUUUAGUUCUUCAGGAAACCUUUCUUACAGAGUUGCUGCUUGUGUUGCCCAAAAGAACAGUGGCCAUAAGUACCUUGUCAGUGUGAAUCGUUCAUUAGGACUCUCCCCAGGUUUCUACACCAACCGUCUUGCCAAACUGAGGGAUUCCCAGCGCAUUAAGCAGAGAGCUGUUGCAAAUUCCCACAAGUUCAAGAGAAAAAGACUAGCAAAGAAAUCAAUGAAGUACCAAAGAAAUGCAAGCUUAGAGGUGAGAGAAGGGACUUCAUACCAGUCAGGCUGUACAAUAAUGGGUCACCUAUCCACUGAUAUUCAGAGUAUACCUGCACCUGUUAUACAACCCGAAUAUACACAUGUUGAGAUAGAGCAACUGAGAGAAUGUCAUUUGGCCUUCUUUGAUGUUGAAACAACUGGACUUGGUCGUGACUCCCAUAUCAUACAGUUGUCAGUUAGUGUAGACUCUAAUGAAGAAAUUUUCAACUGUUAUAUUAAGCCUGGAAAGAAAAUUUCUCCUGCUGCUUCAAUAGUUACAGGUAUACAGUUUGAAAACGGGAAAAUGUACCACAAUAACAGGGAAGUUGAGUACUCCAGAAUUCAACCAGCUCUAGAGAAACUUUUCGUGUUUUUGGCAAAGUUCAAGAAAGUGGUUUUAGUUGGACAUAACUGUAAAUCUUUUGACAUUCCAGUAUUACUUUCAGCAUUAGAAAAUAACAAUAUGUUAGAAAGCUUCAUGUCAACUGGAGUAAUUGGUGUGAUUGAUACUCUUCCUCUUUUUAAGGUAUGUCUUCCUAACUUGCCAUCUUACUCCCAACCUAAAGUAUAUGAAACAGUGUUUGAGGAUCAGUACAAUGCUCAUGAUUCUUUGCAAGAUGUUUUUGCUUUAUCUAGACUUGUAGAGAAGGUAGAGCCCAGUAUAACAGACAAAUCCAGCUUUUCUUUUUCAUUGGCAUCUGUUGUGUCGAUUUUUAAGUUCAGAAAAGAUGCAAAGCCCCGUUGUGAUUCACUGCUUCCUUUGGUUCAAUCAAAGACUAUUUCAAAAUGCAUGGCCUCCAAAAUAGCUAAUAGUGGAUUGUCUCUUUCCCAUAUCAUAUUAGCCUUUAAAAGAGAUGACCAACAGGGUUUGGAAAACCUAUUGUCUGAAAUUUGUGAAAACUCAAAAGUGAGAGUGACAAAGUCAAAGAGGAUUAUUCAAUCCAUAUCUCAGUACAUGCAUUCUUUUGAAGAGUAGAGUAGUUGUGCUUGCUAAAAUUCAUGUAAAAUGUAUAAUGAAAAGCAACACAUUUUUGUACAUGCAUGGAUACAUAUAAUUAUUAAGAUUUGCAAAUACUUUUUUAUUAAAGGAACGAAACAUUGAUAACCAUACAGAUUGUGGUUUGACUGUUACCCUAUUAUUAUGAUUAUACAAUUCACCCAUGUAUAAUCAGUUCAGAUAUUUUAUUGAAAUGAUGCUGUCUAAUGAUUUUUUUACUCAUUUUAUAUAACUGAAAGAUUGAAUUGCUAAUUGUAAUGAGCAUAAUUUCUUAAUUGGUUAAACGUUUGGAUAUAGUAACUUAAGUAGUAAUAAACAUGUAUUGUAUAGAUUUUGCAACGUAUGUAAUUUUGUCAAAAUUGUUUGCAGAUGGAAGAUACUCCCUUUACAUUUAUUUUUUUUCAUCUGCAUAAACGGAUGCAUAAAUGAUUUUUUUAUGCAGAAUGAGCAUUCAUGUAUAUAUGUUGUGCUGAUAUAAUCAAAACAAAACUGUGAUGAUGUUGCAAAUUGGAUUUCAUAACUUGCAAUGUUAAAGAUGCUGAUGUGUAAGCUUGAUGUUGUUCAUGAAUGUAUGAUAAUUAUAAUUUGGAUAUAGCAUUUACCAUCAGAUCUUGUGUACAGUUACUGUAAUCACUGAAGUUUGAAAUAUUGCCAUGAUUUUAAAGUUGGGUGACAGAUUGCAUUGAUUUUUUUUUUAAAUUGUUCAGUGAAAAAUUCUUGUAUUGUGCAGUUAUUGUAUUAAAAAUAAUUGUAAUUUAUAUGACAAUCAUGAUUUCUAACCUGCAUUUCUAUAUGUGAAUUUGGAAAAAUUUUGUAUGAUCCUCCUACGUAAUUUUCACAAUAUAUUUUGAAACAAGCUUAAAUAAUAUUAUUCUAGUAAGCCAGAGAAAAUUCUAAGCAGAUUUUGCUUUGUUAUGAUUAUCUCAAAUAUAUUUUGAAAGACUGAUGUUUUAGUUUAAUAAUCUAUAAAAAUUUCAAUAAAUUUCAUGUGAAUAAUGUUAGCAAAGUUUUUCUCUUUUGUUUGCUCUAUUGAUACAGAAUUGAGAGUGGAGUCGCAUACACAUAUAAAACAUAUUGUUUUGAGGUUGUUGGCACCCUUAAAUCAAUAAAUAAAUUCUUCGACUUACCAGUAUACCUGGAAUACAAUAAUUAUAAAUAGUCAUAUAUUCUUAUUCAUACCUUUAUUUUUUUUGAAAAUGAAAAUACCGGUAAUUGUUUGCUAAUAUAACUAUUCUUAUGCUCAAAGUGUAAUUUUUUAAAGUUAGGACAGAGGAAAUUUGGACUUAAAACCUUAAUUACUAAAUGGUAUUCGAAGCACAAUUCUAUUUCCUUUUCUUUACAAACACUUCAGAAUCAGUAGACAUUAUAUUAUAAGUUUUUGUUAAAAAAUAUUCAUUCACAGCAAACUUUUACAACUUAUAUUUCACAAUAAUAGGUUUAUAAACAGUUAUUUUAAAAAAGGUCAGAGGAAAUUUGGACGUUCAUAUCUUUUUUUCUAAUCCACGAACAUAUGUUUUUUCCCCCAUUUAUUUGUUGCUAUAUGUCAUAUCUUUAAAUAGAUGUUUUAAAAAAUUGGGUGUAAUUAUAAGAAAUAUUAUUUUAUGACUUAUUUCUCUCAUAGGAUAGGCUAAAAAAUGUCACUUUUAGGAUGACCAGAGGAAAUUCGAACUUAAAUUGUGGCUUUAUGAGAAGUGAUAAUAAAAAAAAAUUCAGAUAAAUAAAAAUGUUUCAAGCACAUUUUCAUAAUUUACAAAGGGAAUGUAAUCUUGAAAGUUGGCAGUUUGUUUUUUAUUACUUUUUUGAGUUGCGCAGAUAAUUCCUUUUCCUAUUUCAUCUUUUUUAAUAUGCUUAUGUUUGAAGGUCGUUACCAUGGAAACGAACUCAUAAACAUAUGUUAAAAAUAACUUUAUUUACACAAGGAACCCCAUUACUGUCAGUUCAGACAAUAUUUUUGACAAUUCAAUUAUUUUCAUCUCAUGUUCACAAGAUUGUGUGUAUUAAAGUUUUCAUGCUUGUUUUUUUUUUUGUGUACAGAGACUAGAGUUUCUUGAUUAUAUCAGAUGCACAACUAUGACACUCUGUUAAUUACCAUUAAAAUAAACUCUUUAGGAAGUGAAGAAAUUGUUAAAUUAAAGAAUCAUUUUAUCUUUAUAUGAUUUGUUUUUAGAAAUACAACCAUUUAUGGCAGUAUUGACUUUCAUGAAGCGCGCAGAGUGAUUUUUUGUAAAAGUCAAAUCAGAGGAAAUUCGGAUUUUCAGCCUUUUUUAUUCAAUUAAUUGUAGUAUUUGCAACACAACUCCAUUAAUUUUGUUCUACAAGAACUUAUGCAGGUUCACAGUAUAACUAGUUGAAAGAAAUUGCCAUUUAAAACUGAAUUAUACGUCUUUUCUAACAGCAUGUAGGGUUUGUAGCAUCUAUUUCAUUAGAGGUCAGAGGAAAUUCAGACGUUAUUAUCUUUUUUUCUAAUUCACGAACAUGCCAAUUAUUUAUUAUUAAUUUUUUGCUAUUUAUCAUUUCUUCAAAAUUACAUAAAAAAAAUAAGAGUGUAAUUAUAGGAAGUAGUAUUUUUUGCAAUUUUUCUAGCUCGGGUCACGUCAAAAAAUGUCACUUUUUUAGUGGUCAGAGGAAAUUCAAACUAAAAUAGCGGAUUAAAUAAAAGGAAUUCUUAUAAUCCAUUUUCAGAUAAAUAGAGUAUUUUAUUAACCUUUUUAAUAUUUUGGUGAGAAAAGUUUUCUAGUUAAUUGUAAAUAUGUCUUUUAUGACAUUUUAAAUUUGCAUUUAAGGUUUUUUUUCUCGUUCUAAUUAUUUGAACAUGGGUAAGUUUGAAGGUCGUUGCCAUGGAAACGAACUCACGAACAUAUGCUUAAAAUGUCUUUUUUGACAAAAACAAAUCGAUAAGAGUCUGUUUAAACAAUUUUUUCAA